GUUUCAGAUGAGAAAUGGUUUCUUCGGGAGCAGCAAUAAAGCUCGGACAAGGAGCACUGCGUGAGCUACGCAUCCAUCUGUGUCCCACGUCGGCAGCCAGUGCUGGCGUGCGAAAUUUCAUCGAAAAUGAUUAUGUACCUUUAAAGAAGGCCAACCGACAAUUCCCGAUACUGAUUCGAGAAUGCAGUGGAGUACAACCUAAGGUUUAUGCAAGAUACAGUUGCGGUGUUGAAAAAAGUAUCCCACUGGAUAAUAUUUCACGGUACAAGGUGCUGGACAUUAUCAAGGAUUUGGUUAGUGGUAAAGUUUCGUGAAAUUUGUGAUUCGUAUAGAUUUGUGCAAGUUAGGUGUAGUUAUAUUAAGUGCUCAUUCUUCUUAUUUUAUAUAUUGCUUGCCUUGUUCAUUAGGAUUAAGAACGGUUGCUAUAGUUGAG